AUGGUUCAUGUGCUUGCGCUGGUUGUUUCGUGUCUUUCGUUAUCAUGGGUAUCGGUGUGCGUGCGGUUUUGGCUCAAGCUUUUCAUGAUCGGUCGUACACGAUGGGAUGAUUGGAUAUUGCUGGUGGCAGUGAUACUCUUUAGCGGCCAGUGCAGUUGCGUACUUGCUAUGAUCACGAGCAGCUCACCCGAGAUGGCUACCUACAUGUUCAUGGCCGCUUACAACCUCUCAUUCAUGACUUCAAUAUGCGUCAAAACAUCAUUCGCACUCUCCUUGAACAGGUGUUUCGCAGAAAGAUGGCAGCGCCUUAUCGUCACAAAUAUCACGCUCGCAUUCUACAUCUACGCUAUAACUCGCAUUUUCGUUGACUUGUUCUUUUGCGGACUGCCCAGCAACACUGCUCGCAAAGAGAGUCUGCUGCAAUGCAAGUACUGGCCAAACAUGUUGAUAUGGUGGUUGGCCGCCUCGAUUUUCAACGCCGUCGUAACCUGGAUUUACAUACUGCUUCCUGCAGUCGUCAUCUGGACAUCCAAGCUCAGCCUAAAAGUCAAGGUCUCGGUCUCCUCAAUCACCGUUGUUGGGAUGUUGAGUGGCGUGGCCGCCAUCUUCCGGGUCUUGGGAUCUGGAGCUUUCACGACUCUGAAGAGAUUCGACACAACCAAUCUCAGUAUCAUCUCAUGCGUAGUGCUAGAAAUGGCGUUCGCCAUCAUUGCGACAUCCAUGACGAACGCAACCCGGCUCCCAACCAUACUAGCUCAAAGCAAAAAACACGACUCGGCGCCGACGCCUACCGCUGGUAUAUUCCUCGAGGAGGGUAACUCGGAGUUCAUCAAGUUGUCGCCCAUCAUAUGCCCGCAGAAGGAUAUUGCUAGUAAUUCCUGGAACUCAACAAAGGCGUUGAAAGAUAUUCCUGCGCUUGAGCAAGAAACGCUGGCAGUGCCAUCACCCGCACCCCAACCGCGGCGCUGCUCAUGGUCUCGCCCAUUUGGAGAGUCUGACGCACCGGCUUCGAAGCCAGCACGGCUGACACUGGUUAUUGAAGAUAUCAGUGAUGAUGAGGAUGAUAGCAAUGGAGUUAGGGGAUCACAGGGUGUCAAGAAAGCUUUUACAAAUGUUUAG